AUGGCACUUCAGAAUAGAAAUGUACUUUUGACUAUGGACAAUUGCAGUGCCCAUAAUAAUAUUGGAGACCUGGAAUUGCCAAACGUAAAAAUAGUUUAUUUUCCUCCAAAUUGCACCUCCAGGUUACAACCUCUGGAUCAAGGGAUAAUUGCAGCUUUUAAACGAUAUUUCAAGACUAGACUUGUACGCCAUGCACUGUUAUGCCUUGAUUCCGAUCAACCAUGUGUAAAAUGGAAUAUUUUACAAGCGAUGAGGGCAAUGGCUGUAUCGUGGAAUGAUGUAACUGCAACAACGAUCAGUAAUAGUUUUAAGAAAGCCUGGAACAUUGAAAACGACGCCAACUUAACCCCCGAAAUACACAUUGAGGAUGUAAUUGAGGACGAUUGGAAUAAAUUGUUAGCUGUAACUUCUGAUGAAAAUGCUCAAACUUUUUCAAGUUUUAUACAAAUGGAUAAUGAUCUCGAUAUCUGCGAUGAAAAUGCUGGAGAAGAUGGAGAAGAUGAAAACCCCGAAAUCUCAGAUCAAGAAAUUGAACCUACUGAACCUCCAGUAGAUAAACCCUCUCGGGCUGAUGUGUUGGCAGCCUUUGAUACCCUCGUAAAAUUUUCCCAAACCAGUGCAGAGUUAGAUUGCAAAUUUGAUGACCAGUUGAACAGCAUCAGAAAACUAUGA